GGUUGAAUCUAGGUUAGGGUUUGGAGUCCCCUCUUAUAUUCUCCGCCCCAGAAAAAGCAAAACCCUAAGAGAAAAGAGGCGAAAAUGGUGCAGCGUCUUGUUUACCGGUCGCGACACAGCUACGCCACCAAAUCGAACCAGCACCGGAUCGUCAAGACUCCAGGAGGUAAAUUGGUGUAUCAAACCUCAAAGAAGAGAGCCAGUGGCCCCAAAUGCCCUGUUACCGGCAAGAGAAUUCAAGGAAUUCCUCACUUGAGGCCUGCUGAAUACAAGAGGUCUAGAUUAUCAAGAAACAGGAGGACCGUAAACCGUGCAUACGGUGGAGUCUUGUCUGCUUCUGCAGUCAGGGAAAGGAUCAUCCGAGCAUUCCUUGUGGAGGAGCAAAAGAUUGUGAAGAAAGUUUUGAAACUCCAAAAGGCCAAGGAGAAAGUAGCUCCCAAGGCUUAAGUGUUUAUCUUUCUUUCUUCUUUCUUGUUUUGGGAUUAUGGCUAUGUUCAAGAAAUAGGAUUUGGUCAGCCAUGAGAGAUAUUCUAUGUACUCAUCCGAUUUUCAAUCUUUGUAUUGUGUUUUGGCUUUUCAACUUUGUCGACAAUUCACUCUGCUUCAGUUUUGGUUUCCGCUUAACUU